GGUGCCAGGGUAUGGCUGCGGGAGCAGGACCAGCUGCAGCCAUGUACUGUUGGCUCAUGUGCCAAUGGAAACGUGCUCUUCACCUCAGAUUAUGGCACGGUAUUCCAGUACCCCAAGGCCUCUCUUUCCAGAGAAAAGGUCUUGCCAAUGCACCAGACUAGCAUUGAUGGGGUAGAAGACAUGUCCAUGCUGGGAGAUCUGCAUGAAGCUGCCAUCCUGCUUAACCUGCACCAGCGCUACCAACAGGGUAACAUCUACACAAACAUUGGUUCCAUCCUGGCAUCAGUAAAUCCCUACAAACCCAUCCCUGGUCUGUACGGUGUGGAUGCCAUAGACCUGUACAGACAGCACCGCCUGGGUGAGCUGCCUCCCCAUAUCUUCGCCACCGCUAAUGAGUGCUACUGCUGCUUGUGGAAGCGUCAUGACAGCCAGUGUGUUCUGAUAAGCGGAGAAAGCGGAGCUGGAAAGACUGAGAGCACCAAGUUGCUACUGAAAUUUCUGUCAGCCAUGAGCCAGACCUCCCUCGGGGCCCCUGCGUCUGAGAAGAGCACUCGUGUGGAGGAAGCCAUCCUGGAAAGCAGCCCCAUUCUGGAGGCCUUUGGAAAUGCCAAGACAGUUUAUAACAACAACUCUAGCCGCUUUGGCAAGUUCAUCCAGCUGCACUUCUCUCAACAUGGACACAUCCAGGGAGGCCGAGUAACUGAUUAUUUACUGGAAAAGAACAGAGUGGUACACCAGAACCCCGGAGAGAGGAAUUACCACAUCUUUUAUGCUCUGUUAGCUGGUGUGAAUGGGGAGCAGAAAGAGAGCCUCUCCCUCUCUGAGCCAGAGACUUAUCGCUACUUGAAUCAGUCUGGUUGUGUGACUGAUGAGAACCUGAAUGACAUAGAGAUGUUCAGUAAGGUCAUGACUGCUAUGAAGGUGGUGGACUUCAGCACUGAAGAAAUCAGAGACAUCUUCAAACUUCUUUCUGGCACGCUUCAUCUGGGAAACGUUGAAUUCAUGACAGCUGGCGGGGCCCAGAUUACAACAAAAGCGGUGCUCAACAUUGCCAGUGACCUCCUGGGCUUAGAUGCUUUCCAGCUUUCCGAAGUACUGACACAGAGGUCCAUGAUUCUGCGUGGGGAAGAGAUCAGCUCCCCUCUCACUGUAGAGCAGGUAACUGACUCCAGAGAUUCCCUCUCCAUGGCGCUGUAUUCCCAGUGUUUUUCAUGGCUCAUUAGCAAGAUUAAUACGAAAAUCAAAGGCAAGGAAAACUUUAAGUCUGUGGGCAUCCUGGAUAUCUUUGGCUUCGAGAACUUUCAGGUGAAUCGUUUUGAGCAGUUUAACAUUAACUAUGCAAAUGAGAAACUGCAGGAAUAUUUCAACAAACACAUCUUCUCCUUGGAGCAACUGGAGUACAACAG